GUACAAAAAUUGGGAGGUUGUGGGGGGCAACAUCACACCAUCAGACAACCCCACUCCACUCUCCCCCCAUCGCUAAAAAGCAUUUAUUGCUUGCACCCAAAAACCAAAUGCUAAAAGCCACAGGCACAGCACCAUCUCUCCCUCUACUCUCACCCCAUACUACACCUCCGCGCCUUCUUGGACUCUGCGCCACGAUUCUUCCUCUCGAUUCCUCACCAAAUUCUGCUUUUCUCUUCUGGUUUUUGUUGAUUGCGCCAACUGUUUGAUAUUUUGUCUAACUGAAGAAGAAGAAGAUGCCUAGGCCUGGACCCAGACCGUACGAGUGUGUGCGAAGAGCUUGGCAUAGUGAAAGGCAUCAACCCAUGAGAGGUUUGGUUAUCCAACAGAUUUUCAGGCUUGUACAUGAUAAUCACUCUGCUGCAACUAAAAAGAACAGAGAAUGGCAAGAGAAGCUGCCUCUUGUGGUCUUGAAAGCGGAGGAAAUCAUGUACUCCAAAGCCAACUCUGAGGCUGAAUACUCGAAUGUUGAGACACUAUGGGACCGAGUGAAUGAUGUCGUCGAUACGAUUAUUCGGAAAGAUGAGAGCACGGAGACUGGGGAGCUUCUGCCACCCUGUGUUGAAGCUGCACUUAAUCUAGGGUGUGUAAAGGUAAGGGCGUCAAGGAGUGAACGACACAACAAUCCGAGAACUUACCUCAGAUCUUCGUAUCAAGAAUGUAACAAAAGCAUGUCUCCGAGAUUCCUAAACGACAAUGUGAAUGAACGGAAUCCUGAUUUGAUGCACGCUGCCAAGAUGCCCCAACAACAUGUGGAUUCGUCUCGCUUAGUUUGGGAGUCUAACAACCGAAUCACACCAAACAGUUCUAACCAGCAGCAGCACAUGGCUUAUUCAUUUGAGAAGAAGCUUCAUUGUAUUGGCAAUAGAAAUGCUCUGGAAGUGGAGCGUAGUAAUGCUUGGCUGAGUAGAAGCUCGGUGUACCCCUUGUACUAUGGGAUGGAUUUCAAACCUGAGGUUUGUCAGUUGGGUUUUCAGGUAGCUCAAAAGUCGGACUCUGUCAUUAUUGGUGUGCCGGUGUUUUCAUCACCUGCUGAACCUGCUUCCGAGGUUGGGUGCUUACAGAAUCUAUUCCCUUAUGGCGAAGAUAAGUUUUUUGGGAAAAGGACGUGUGAGGUAGCUUCCAAGGAUACCAAAGGGAAGGGACCUCAGGCCGGCUUUGACUUGUCGCUGAGGUUGGGACUCUUUUCUGAUUCGAAUUCAGGCAGGGAAGACAGCUCUGGUUUCAUUACUGAUAGCCUUGGUCGUAGGUUAUCUCCAUAUGAAGGCCUGCCCGUGGAGGAGUUCCCUUUCUUUCCUAUGGAGCCUGCCCAUAGCCAGACGUGGAUGCAUAGAAGUAACCAGAACGAAGAGAGUGAGAAUCAGAAUGCGGAAUUAGUUUCUAGAAAGCGUAAGCUAUCUGUUAGUGGAGAUUUAGGAAAUGACCAAUUUUUCUGGUCACAGGAUUCAACUAACCGUUUGGUCAAAUGAAAAGACCUGAUUGCAUCUUUAUGCAGUUGGAGUCUUUUAUGCCACACUUCUCUGUCCGAGUUCUUGAUAGGAAAGUAUCAGAAGCAGUUCGUGAAAAUUAAGUAACCUGCACUGGAGGUCCUACGGUAAUGAUAUGUUACAUGUUUUAAGAUAAUCGAAUGGUCCUAUUAUGCAGAAAUUUUAUGUCUAGGGUUCAUAUUCUAUUUAUUACGCCUUUAUAACAUGACAGCAUAGGCAACAUUAGAUUGUAAGCAUAUAACUGUGUAUUCAAUUAUUCUGUAGCAAAAGUUAUUCUUAUUUA